UUCUCCCUUCCUCAUCGCCCCCUCUCACCGCAGCGAUUUCCGGUGAACGGACGACGCUUUUCCCACCAAGCCCAGCCGCUCGUCGACGGCGAGGGCUUCAUCCACCACGGGCGGCAUUAUUGGUAGCCAUUGAGGUUUUCGAUUUUGUAAGAUGGCCAAAGAGGAUUUGAACAAUGGCGUUGAUGAUUUCAUGAAUAUCUCAGGCAGGGGGUGUCAUGGCGUCAAUAAUCCCCCAAACGAGUUUGCCUCAAAGCAUGCUAUCAACCUCAGUCUUUUUGGCGGUGCAGCAAAUUUCAACAAGUGGAUGGAUGUGAAUGUGAGCCCAUCUUGCCCUCCUCGGACCAGGAGUAAAGUCAAAAAUCUCAUUGGUGAGUUUGCGUCUGGCAUGACCAACAUUCUUGGGAAACUAGUUCAGGGUUGGACAGGCUUGUCUGAGGGUGAAAGUGAUGAGGUUGGCCGGCUUUUCCGUAAUGUUGCUGCAGCUGGUGCGUCAAUACCGAUUGGUGUCCAUGGCCGAUUCGAGUACAAUAGCUCACAGGCGACUAGCGACACCUAGGAGAAUCUAUUUGAUGGCGACUCUGACUCGGGGCACGGUGAGGAUCAUGAUGAGGCUGUUGAGGCCGGUGCUGGCGUAGAUGUAGAUAUGGACAAGCCAAGUGAGGAAGAUGGUGGUGGGCAGGAUGGAACUGAAGUAGGCGCCGAUGGGCAAGACACUGGAAUUGACAAGGUAGGAGAUAAGCAUGAGGCAAAGGUCAUUGGUGGUGCUGGUGGAAGCGGAGGCAGUGUUGUUGCUCUUUCGAAGAGGGCCAUGGAGGGUGUUGGUGAUGGCGUUGAUGUCAUGCUUAAGAAGGCGAGGGUUGAUCCCAUUGUAGCCAGGAGGAGGUGUGUGCUUUUUUUUCUUUAUGAGUAAACCUUUUUUUUCAUAACAUCGUUAUCUUCCGCCGUUCUGUACAAGUAGAGGUUGAUGCUCAGCCAUCUCUGUUUGUAUGUUUUGUUAUUGUGUGGUUGUUUCUGUCCUAGUGAGGCUACUGCUGUUAGUAAAGCCACCAAAUCCAAGGUUGUGUCAACACCUACCCGCUCAUCUCCCCAAUUAUUAAGUUUUCAACCUACUGAGUUGUUGCCUGCCCAUGAGCCUAUUGGUACCGCUACUCGUACUUCUCCUCAUCUAGUAGAGUCAAAAAGGGGGACCCUGUUAUUCUCCAAGAUAGGAGGGGUGUUUUGAAGAGGUACGAAAUUUAGUCAUCCAGUCAUGGCAUUUUUAUUUGCAGUGUCAUGGCAGUUUUAUCUAUUCAUACAUGGCAUUUUUAUUCACAGUGUCAUGGCAUUUUUCAUGUCAUCGAGACUUUUUUCAUCUAUCCAUACUUGACACUGCACUUUUUUGUAGUAGCUUUUGUCAGGGCUUUUUCU